UAUAUUGCCCAAAAUAUUGAAACCCCCACCCUCCCCCCUUCAAAUCAUGUGAUUCAGGUGUUCCAAUCCCCUCCAUAUCAUGUGAUUCAGGUGUUCCAAUCCCCUCCAUAUCAUGUGAUUCAGGUGUUCCAAUCCCCUCCAUAUCAUGUGAUUCAGGUGUUCCAAUCCCCUCCAUAUCAUGUGAUUCAGGUGUUCCAAUCCCCUCCAUAUCAUGUGAUUCAGGUGUUCCAAUCCCCUCCAAAUCAUGUGAUUCAGGUGUUCCAAUCCCCUCCCAAUCAUGUGAUUCAGGUGUUCCAAUCCCCUCCAUAUCAUGUGAUUCAGGUGUUCCAAUCCCCUCCCAAUCAUGUGAUUCAGGUGCUCCAAUCCCCUCCAUGGACACAGGUGUAUACAAUC